AUGUCUCGUUCGCAGUCUGCGAAAAUUAGCGGUCUUUCCAAAUCAACCAUCACCCAUAAUUUCAGACGCAGUCAUCGCACAUCUCAGGUCCUCUCUGCUGGCGGUCAAAAAAAUCGCAUGAAUACUGCUGAUGCUAAGCGUCAAUCUGCGCUACAGGAACUACCGGCUAUUGAUCGCGAAAAUGUUGAGAACAUGAUCAUAGAUCAUGGUAUCAUGACUGAUAACCUCGUAUAUGAGCCUGCCCCAGGUGAUGAAGGCCUUGACCUUAGCCACGAAGGUGGAGAAUAUGAAGCAUUCGAAGGGCUGUCUCGCACAAUGGCAGACUUGUCAGGAUUGUAG